AUGUGGCUGCUCCCCAGCUUCAGAGCUGCCCUCGCCUGGGCUCUGCUCAGCCUGGUCCUGGGCACGGAGCUGAGCCUGCAGGAGAGUUUGCUCCUGAAGUCCUUGGGUCUGAGCGCCAAGCCCAGCCCCAAAGCACCCAUUCCUGUGCCCUCGGUGCUCUGGAAGAUCUUCCAGCAGAGAAGGACACUGCCUGCGGCAGACCGAGCCCCGAGGGACGGCUGCAGGGUGGAGGAGUUCAAUGUCCCCGGGAACAUCAUCCGAGUCUUCGCCGACCGAGGCCAUUUCCUGCAUCAGGGGCAGCCCCAGGGCUUGCUGUGUCUGCAGAAGCUUCUCUACUUCAACCUCUCGGUGCUGGCAGAGGACGAGCUGCUGACCAUGGCCCGGCUGGAGGUCAGGUUCAGCCACAGCUCCUAUCAGCCCUCCGGCCAGGGGCAGCUCUUCGAGCUGAGGCUCUACCGGAGCUCGCAGCUGGCUCUGCAGGGGACGUCCCCCCAGGGGCACAGCCGGAAGCUGCUGCUGGAGCAAUCCUUCGCCCAGCUGCACAAAUCUCUGCUCUUCAACCUCAGCACAGUGGCAAAGGACUGGAGAAGCUUUGGCAGGAACCUGGGCUUGGUCCUGGAGAUCUCUGUGAGCAGCAGCGAGGAUCCAGUGGCUCUGGCGAGCAGGGGGCUGCAGAGCCCUUGUGGCAGCAUCAGCUCCUUCCUGGACACCUCUCUGCUGGUGGUGAGCCUCAGCCCACAGCAGUGCAAGGCCUCCAGGAGCAAGAGGAGCGCCCAGUACCCUCCAGGCACUGGCAGUGCCCUCUGCAAGCCUCGGCGCCUCUACAUCAGCUUCAGCGACGUGGGCUGGGAGAAUUGGAUCAUCGCCCCCCAGGGCUACCUGGCCAACUACUGCCUGGGUCAGUGCCCCUUCCCCCUGACAGCAGAGCUCAACAGCACCAACCAUGCCAUCCUGCAGACCAUGGUGCACUCCCUGGACCCCGAGGGCACCCCCCAGCCCUGCUGCGUGCCCGUCCGGCUCUCCCCCAUCUCCAUCCUCUACUAUGACAACAGUGACAAUGUGGUGCUGAGGCACUACGAGGACAUGGUGGUGGAUGAGUGUGGCUGCAGGUAG